UGUAUUACCUCUGCAUUUAAAUUCAUUUUCGUGAUUUUUCUCAAAUGGGUUUCUCUAAUGUUUUUUAUUUGCCACUUCUACGUUAACGUGACUUUUUUUUUUUUUGACAUUCUUAGGUUGUACUUUUCUCUUGCCCUCCUAAAUUUGAUGCCAACUGGUUUAUAUGAUAUUUUUUUAGUUUGAAUUCGAGGGAUUUAAUUGACCUUGUUGUAGUCUAGGUCAUUUAAUAAAUAAAUAAAUAAAUAAAAAAACUUGAUCUGGGUAUGGAAGGAUUGGAUUUAGAAGAAGAAGUUAUUGUCCGUUUGUAGCUUUUAUAUGUGCAUAUGCAUGAAUCAAAGAACAGAUUUAGGGAAAUAGUCAUAUCAGAAUUUUUUUGACAGUUUUCUUUACCUUCUAUUAUUAUAUUCAGGUAAUCUUCGGAUUCAACAGAGUUCUAGAAGGGAGUUGUUGUGUUCUUGCUGCUAUAGAUUCUGCUCUUGCAUGUUUUCGUUACAUAACUUUGAAAUCUUGGUCAUAGAUAAUUUCUAAGCAAGAACAUGAUUUGGGUACAAUAGGAUUGGAUGUGAAAGAAGAAAUUCUCCUUCUUUUUCAUUCCUCGAUAGCUUUGAUAAGUACAUAUGCAUAAUUCAAGGGAGAGAAAUAAGGAAAUAGUUAUAUCAAAAGGUUCUGUAGGGAGCAAGCAUUUCUCUAGUUUUGAGGAUACUAAUUCUGCUAAAGAGAAAGCUAAAUCUAUCUAUCCACCUAUAGAAAGCCAUUGGAAUUUACCUCCUCAAAAGGAGUACAAGAAAUUGUCUUCAUUAAACUUAAAUUGCAAGUCCAUGUUGUCUUACCCACUCAAGAUUCGGGAUUCACUAAAGAGAAUUAGAAAGAGCCAAAGCUUGCUAGCAGUUCCCAAAGAAGCUCGUGAUCCAAAAGAUGAUCAAAUUGUUCAAUCUUUCCGUAAAUUGCUUUUGCUUGAGGGCCACCUGCCAGGGAAACACAGUGAUUACCACACUUUUACGAUUUUUGCGAAUGAGGGAUUUUGAUCUGAUGAAAGCAAAAGAUAUGUUUUUACAAUAUCUUAAAUGGCGAGAAGAAUUUGAAGUUGAUACAAUUGUAAAGUUCGAAGAGUACAAAGACGUUAAGAAAUGCUAUCCUCAUGGAUUUCAUGGAGUUGAUAAGUAUGGAAGACCACUAUACAUAGAAAGGGUUGGAAUGGUAGAUCUUAAUGCCUUUUUGCAAAUAACUACUAUCGAUAGAUUCAUGAAGUAUCACGUGUCUGAACAAGAGAAAACAUUGAACUGGAGAUACCCUGCAUGUUCGGUCUCAGCAAAGAAGCAUAUAGCUUCCACCACAAGCAUCUUAGAUGUGAAGGGUGUGGGUCUCUCUAAUUUCUCAAAGCCUGCAAGGAAUAUCUUCACAGAAAUUCAAAAGAUUGACAGCAAUUAUUAUCCUGAGACACUUCAUCAACUUUUUAUUGUCAAUGCUGGAUCUGGUUUUAGGGUCCUCUGGAAAGCACUCAUGGUUUUUCUUGAUGCACGCACAUUAGCAAAGAUCCAAGUGCUUGGAAGCAACUACCAUAGUAUCUUGGCUGAAGUUAUUGAUCCAAGUAAUUUGCCAAGUUUCCUGGGUGGAAACUGCACAUGUUCUGACUAUGGCGGCUGCCUGUUAAACGACAAAGGACCCUGGAAUGAUCCGGAAAUUACAGAGAUACUUCAGGCACAGGUUGGCACUGCAGAGGAGUAUAAUAAUGGUGAAAGGAGCGAUAUGGUUUCUGAUACAGAGGAUGUCCAAAUCGAAGAUGUCUAUGAAACAAAAGAUGUUAAUAAGACUCAGCCACAAAAAAUCCUGGCAUUUGAAGCUGCACUAAAAGAUGCCCAGAAGAAAAUUCAGGCAUUGGAAGGUGCACUUGAGGAUACGAAGGUGGUCUUGCAAGGACUUGUACAACAUAUAGAAGAGAUGAAAAAAUGAAUUCAUUGGCAAGUAGAAGUGUAGAGCCUAAUUUGCUAAAAUGAUUUUAUCAUUCUUUAUCCCUUUUUCUCCCCAUGUUCUUAGUUUUGGAAUCUUGUGUAAUUGAUUUUUAGGUCUUGACAAUUCAGUGAGCAAUUAUCAAUGCUAGAAAACAUUUCAAGAAAUUUAGAGCUCUAUGAACUGAUUUUAUCUAUUUUGAGUAAUUAUUUUGUUUUCCCAGAAUAUUGCUUUUGCUAUAUGCUCACCUAAUAAUAAGGCAUUAUGUACUUACACGAUUCACAAAAAAAAAAAAAAAAAAAAAAAAAAAAAAAA